AUGAAACUGACGAGCCCUUUUUGGUUUCAUUUCUUCCUUUUAUUUUAUGUGUCAAGCCUAGGGAGUAUCUACUUGAACAAAAAUAUCUCAUUAAAUGAGAAAAACGUUUUAAUAUAUGAUUGUUAUAAGAGAGCUAAGAAAAAUGUAGGGAAUAUAUUUAACAACAGCUACAGGGGGCGGACCAAUUUAUUUCAUGGAAAGAAAAAGGAUGUUGACCAGUUUUCAAAUAUUAAAUCUUCGUCCAAUUUUACAAAUUUGGGGUAUUGGAUGAAUCCCAUAAAGUAUAGAAAAAGCAAGAGAAAUAGGAAUAAUUAUCACUACAUAGGGAGUAGCAACCACUACGUAGGAAGCAGCUACUACCACCUAGGCAGCAGCAAGCACUACAGCAACUUCCCUAUGGGAGAGGGGGAAAAAACUUGCUUCUGGAACAGUAAGAAGCAUAAGUAUAAGCAUGCGCUUUAUGCAGAAAAUUAUAAAAUAAAUUUAACGGACAAACCAAUAAUUGAAGAUGUACCCAGAAAUGUAAAAGGAAGAAUAAAUGAAUGGAUUAAAGAAUUCGAUGAAGAUAAUACUUUAGGUUUUUUCCCCAUAUUGUUAGAAGAAAUGUCAAAUGAGCCUUCCCCACUUCAAAUAGGCUUUGAGGAUUAUAUGCAAUUUAAUGGAGAGCAUGUAGAGGAAAUAUUUAAAAGCAUGACAAGAGAAAUUAGUAUGAAUGGGGAAGAAAAAAAAAAAAAAAUUUUUGGAAUGUGUUUUUUUAAUCAUAAAACAGGAGUAUUAGCUCCUUUAGCUGUAUAUGCUGAAAUAAAGGAUGUAACAAAAGUAGGUAACAAUUUAGCUGUUAAAGGAUUAGUAAGAGGACGUAUUAUAAUUGAUGAAAUAAUUAGCCAAGAACCAUGUAUUUUGGGUAAAAUAUCACCUAUAGAAGAUAAAAAAGGAUUAUUAGAUCCAGAAGAGAGCUUAAAAAUUCUUGAUGAAGUUAUUAGAAUACAUUCUCAAUGUUCAACUAUGGAAUCACAACUUAUGGAACAACUUGACCAAUCUUUUGCAUCUAUGAAUAUAAAAUUAAGAAAUGAUUUAAAAGAAUCUAUUGAUGCAAAAUUAGAAAAAUUUCAAAUUGACCCAUCAGAUAUAGAACAAAGACAAGCUUUUAUUCAAAUUGCUUCAUUUGCUGCAUUCGAUUUUCAUCUUAUGAUUGUUGAUAGAUAUGACGCAUUAAUGCUUCAAAAUUCGGAGGACAGACUUAGACUAGUUAGGGAUAAAAUUAGACAAAAACAAAAACAGCUAGCUAUUAUUAAAAAUACGCCUAAAGAAAAGUUACAAGAAAUACUAGAACAAGUCCAAAAUCUGAAAAACCAAAAUUUGCCUAUGCCAAAUUACCCUAAACCUUGA